AUGUUCACAUUUUUACCUGUUACUCAUCCCACUUCGGAUACGAAGCAUCCCUUGCUGCUAUUGCAGUCUGCACAUGGUGACAAGUACUUCUUUGGUAAAAUCAGCGAAGGUUCGCAGAGAAGUUUAACCGAAAACAAGAUCAGAAUUUCAAAAUUAAAGGACAUUUUCCUCACUGGCGAACUAAACUGGUCGGAUAUCGGUGGAUUGCCUGGAAUGAUCUUGACCAUUGCCGACCAGGGCAAAAGCGAUCUGGUUUUGCACUACGGGAAUGACAUUCUGAACUACAUAGUGUCCACUUGGAGGUACUUUGUAUUUAGAUUUGGUAUAGAUUUGAGCGAUCAUAUUAUGAAGGAUAAGGAAGUCUUCAAAGACAACAUAAUAAGGGUCAAAUCCUUUAACGUUUUGAAAAACGGGGGGAACGGCACGGAUGAAGUUUUCAACAGUUUCCAAAAAGGCGUUUUAAGUUCUAUAGUCUCCAAGAUGUUCCCUAAGCAUGCACCCACCGACAGAUAUGAUCCUUCGAGUGAUCCGCAUUUAAACGUGGAAUUGCCUGAUCUGGACGCAAAAGUGGAAGUCGCUACAAAUUACGAAAUCAGUUUCAAUCCUGUUAGAGGUAAAUUCAAACUCGAUGAGGCUGUUAAAUUAGGUGUUCCGAGAGGGCCUUUAUUUGCAAAGUUGACCAAAGGUCAAGCGAUUACUUUAGAUGAUGGUACAGUGGUGACUCCUGAACAAGUUUUGGAGAAGGAACGUCACUUUGCCAAAGUGUUGAUCUUGGAUAUUCCAGAUGACCAAUAUUUAAGCGCGUUUGUAGAAAAAUUUAAAGAAUAUGAUUGUGCUGAGCUUGGUGUUGUUUACUACUUCCUUGGUGACUCAGUCACUAUCAAUGACGAUCUAUUCAAAUUCAUCGAUCUUUUCGAGAAAAGCAAUUAUGGUAAAGUUAAUCAUAUGAUUUCUCAUAAUAAGAUUUCCCCAAAUACAAUAUCAUUUUUUGGCUCUGCUUUAACCACAUUAAAGUUGAAGGCGUUACAAGUCAACAACUACAAUUUACCAAGAACAGACCGUGUGUUUUCCAAGGAUUUUUACGAAACUUUUAACAAGCCACUCGCUAAGGGAACUUCCCUGUGCGAAUCCCAAGAAACACCCUUGAGAACGGUCAUAGAAAAGGAUAAUAUUCAUAUUUUUGCACAAAAUAAAACAGUGACUUUAGAACCAUUUCAUAGAAGCGAAGAACCCAUGAAAUGCGAAAUAAACGGUAGCGUACCAGCUUUAUCGUGGAAGCAGAUUUUUGAGGACCAUAUACAACCCUUAGGUUUCCCCCUAGCUGAUAUCGACACAGUUAUCAACGAUCAGCUGCAUGUGAAUAACUUCAAUAACACAACAGAAAAGAAAAAGCAUGUUGAGAUUAUUACAUUAGGAACUGGAAGCGCACUACCAUCCAAAUAUAGAAAUGUUGUAUCCACAUUGGUUAAACUACCAUAUACAUAUUCCAAUGGCGAUAUCGUAAAUAGGAAUAUUUUGUUGGACGCGGGUGAGAACACCUUGGGAACCAUGCAUAGAAUGUUUUCGCAACUGGCGGUUAAAUCAAUCUUCCAGGAUUUGAAGAUGAUUUAUUUAAGUCAUUUGCAUGCAGACCAUCAUCUGGGGAUAAUCAGUAUUUUAAAUGAGUGGUACAAGUAUAACAAGGAUGAUGAAACGAGUUUUAUAUAUGUGGUAACUCCAUGGCAAUACAACAAAUUUGUUAAUGAGUGGCUGGUUUUGGAAAAUAAAGAUAUUUUGGAUAAAAUCAAAUAUAUCAGCUGUGAACAUUUUAUUAAUGAUUCGUUUGUUAGAAUGCAAACACAGUCUGUUCCGUUGAAAGACUUCAACGAGCUUAUACAAGAAAACAGUGGUCAGGAAGAGAGAAAAAAACUAGACUUGGACACAAAUUCUUCAUACAGGGAUAUCAACCUAAUUAACCAAAUGUAUGAGGAUUUAUCGAUAUCAUAUUUCCAGACAUGCAGAGCAAUUCAUUGCGAUUGGGCAUAUUCGAAUUCAAUAACAUUUCAGAUGAACGAAUUAAAUAAACACGAUACAUUCAAAGUUUCGUAUUCAGGCGAUACAAGACCGAAUAUUAAGGAAUUUUCUUCUGCAAUUGGUUAUAAUUCUGAUUUAUUGAUUCACGAAGCCACACUAGAAAAUCAAUUGAUGGAAGAUGCUAUAAAAAAGAGACAUUGUACCAUCAAUGAGGCCAUUGGUGUUUCUAACGAAAUGAAUGCUAGGAAGUUGAUUUUGACGCAUUUUUCCCAAAGAUAUCCCAAGUUGCCCCAACUAGACAAUAAUAUUGAGGUAAAGGCAAAAGAAUUUUGUUUUGCCUUUGAUAGUAUGAUUGUUGAUUAUGAAAAAAUUGGUGAACAGCAGACCGUUUUUCCGUUGUUAAACAAGGCAUUUGCUGAAGAAAAGGAGCAAGAAGAUGAAUCUGCAGGAUCUGAAGACAUUGAAGAUGUAGACAUUACACCAAAGAAACAAAAGAAAAGCUAA